UAGGUUUUUUUUUAAAUGUAUUGUUGACAAUCAAUUUAUUAUUAUUUUUAAUUAAAGAACAACACGUUCAAAUCUAAACAUUCCAUCAUAGACCCUGAUCCAACACGCACUGAUUAAAAACAAAACUGUCCCAUUUCAUCUUGAGAAGCAGGACGUGAUAACGAGAAAAAAAAAUGUUAGCUGAGGUGAAUUUUGUCCAUCCUCAGCGGCAACUGAAUCGAUCGUAUCCGCUUGGACCUUUCCCCCGGUCGGUGUGGAUCCACGAAGAUACUCCGCGGGACGCCUUGGACAACAUCUGCUACGAAAUCUGGAAAAGAGUUCAAAGGAUCUCGACAUCAUCAGCACCGGCCACAAAAACCACCGGCCACUCGAGGGAAGGCUUAUCGACAACCCACCGUCAGAACCAAGACCACGACACGAAUAACAAGAGCAUUAAUCAUUCCUCCUUGAGGCAACAAGAGACAACUGGAACCCGCAGCAGGAAGAGGGAUGCGGAGCGGGCGAGAGAGUCUGUGAGGUGUCAUCAGGUGGACAACGACAUUUCACUGAUGGUCCAGCAGGAGUACCUGAGCCUGGUUAAGGAAUUCACCUCUCACACUGACUCCCAGAGCAGCCAGAACUCACAGGAACGCCAGGCAGAAUGGGAGUGCCCCCCCGCCGGGACCUCACUGACCCUUGCUGCCGAGGAGGUGAGGAGAAACAUCGAGAAGUACAUGAGGUCCGUCAUCCGGGGGAUCGAAUGCACGCAGCAGAAGAGCAGGGGCUCCCGAGCUCAGGGGGCACCGGUUCCUGAUUCUGCAAUCCCCACUCCCUCCCAGUGCCGGUCCCAGCCUGCCACCACCACCCCCUCUCCCUCUGUUUUAAACAGAGAGAUCUCCCAGCUCCUCUCCGAGUUCCCUCGGGAGCCCAUCGAGGCAACUGAUAACACAGUGGUGCUGGAGGAAGCCAAACUGAUCCGGGAUUUCCUGCAGGACAGCAUCUUCCGCUCGGGCAGGUGCAGCAAUCGGAAGGGCAAUGGCAGCCCUGGUAGUGCCUGUUCCACCUCCCCCAUCACCACUCCCACCCCUUCCCCGGCAGAGGCCCAGGACAGCGAGAAGACCCCCCAGCUGCUGCCAGUGUUUGCCAGACUCCGCACCCCCGAGAAGCAAAGGAACAGUCUCCCCCAAUGCAUAGAAUCUGAUUUGAAAAAUGUCGGCAAACAUAUCCUGAUAACCAAAGAGACCCUUGCAGAGUUUCGUCUGCGCAUGUCGAACGCCUGCCUGUUCGGAGGAGCCUGCCAAGGGCAAGACAUGCCUGUGCCUUGCAACCCAGCACCAGCCAGCUCUUUGAGCCCAGGCUGUCCUGCUGUGGCCAGGGUGCCAGCCCAGAUUAGACAGGCCAGUCUGGCACCCCAGCCUCUCCCGUGGAAGGACCCCAACGUGCCCAGCAAGGCCAGCGACAGGCUCGGCGCCACCAGCAACGACCCGGGCUCAGGAUCCAGCUUCGGGCAGGACUGCGCGAGGGAGCAGAUUGCCCAGCCAGAGAAAGGCUUGCAUUACAAAUUCCUGGAUAAUGUCAGGAGACCAGAUGGCCAGGCUGCAGUCAGCUGCAGGGUGGCCCACACGAGAGGUCCGCCAGAAUCUAUCUCAGCUGCCUGUGCUGUUGAAAAAAGCAGGAUGUGCUGUCCGAGCCGCAGGGUGUGUUCACUAGCCUCAGUGCAUCCCAGCGCCUUGAAGUACCCCGGGAAGACUUUCAUCCCAGGCAGCGUGGCUGGGAUUGUGCCCAGGACACCGCUGACCAACUGCCAGCCCCCUCCACGCAACCCUCCCGGCUUCAGCCCUUACCAGAACUAUUUUCCGCAGCAGCAGCAGAGAGCCCAGAUAAACUACCAGCAGGUUCUCAACUCCCAGGCUGGAUCUCAUGCAAGACAGGUAAGUGAGGGAGACUGGUGCUGUACUGCUAGCACUGGGACACUGGGAAGGACAGGAUAG